AGUUCAACAGUAUCAAGUGAUGCCAAAUUCUUGUGACAACAGUACUACUCCUUCAAAAGAUUUAAUAGAGACACAAGACAAUUGCAUUAGAACGUGUAAUAAUGCAGACAACUGCACAGCAAUAGAGAUCUACAAAGAUCGAUGUAGAGUUUUUACGAUCUCCGAAGAGGAUUCACUGGUAUUUGGAACGGUUGAUGGCACUACUCAUCUUAGGAAGACAAAGACAUCCUCUGGUAUAUGUGAGGGCAAGUACAUCAGAUGGAAUGUCACGAGAAACGCUAAGAUAAAAGAGGGCAUACAUUCACAAAUAUUGCGAACAACAAAAAAAGUGCUAUACGCGUGCUUCGAGGACUGUUUGGCCAGAAAGGAUUGCGUAUCCGUCAGUUAUAACCAAAACAAAGGAAGAUGCUUCCUAUUUAAUGAGACAUUGGCUCAGACAGACGAGACAGAGAAGUCUUAUCCUGACGGCAAAGACCAAUAUGAGUACACUUGUGUUGACCACCCGUUUGGAUCAACACUACCGACGACAGCACAAACACAACCCAAAACAACUGAACCUACAACAACCACAACAUCUACAACCAUAACAAUUGAAUCUGCAACCAGUACAACUGAACCUACCACUCCAACUGAUCCUACAACCAUAGUCACUGAAGAUACAUCCACAACUACUGAACAUGCAACCACAAAAGCUGAAUCUACAACCAUUCCAACUGAACCUACAACCACUCCAACUGAAUCUACAAUAGUCACUGAACAUACAUUCACAACUACUGAAUAUGCAACCACAACACGUGAACCUACAACCACACCAACUGAACUUUCAACCACAACAACUGAUUCUGCAACCACCUUAUCUGAACAAACAACCGCAACAACUGAACUUACAACCACAACAAUGGAACCUGCAACCACAAUGAUGGAACCUGCAACCACAACAAUUGAACAUGCAACCACAACAGCUGAACCUACAACCGCAACACGUGAACCUACAACUAAAACAACUGAACUUACAGCCACAAUUACUGAACCUGCAACCACAACUGGAACUACAACCACAACAACUUCUAGAACAACACCUAUUUCAUCAACAACACCCAGAACCACAAUAUCUAUAACAUCCACAACACCUACAACCAACAAUACAACACCUAUUCUAACAACCAUCACAACUACUGAUUCUGUAAAGAGUGCAACGAAAUCUACAGUAACAAAUACAACCCCCAUGAUAAUUCCUACAACAACAACGGUGGAUUCAAACCAAACACCCAUAAAUCCUCAUGAAACAUCUCCAAUUAUGGACAAAAAGAUCUUGGAGGCUGACACGGGAUUUUCAGUUGACAUUUCAAACAGAAAGAUUGUUACUACCAAGAAGGAUAUAGGAACAACUGUAAACCUGGAGAAUUCCGUUGGUUUUGUAAAGAUUCCACCACUAAGAGGUCAAUGGGGUAUUGGCCAAACUCCAGUUAUCGCCACUGCUGCCACCAAUUGUUCAACAGGGUCGUGCAAUGGAGCAGAUCUUCCAGUCAUAGCAUUGGCUAUUUUUAAUCCGAAUGGUGAUCAAAUGGUGGAACUUGAAGACGACUUUACUAACGAAGAUGAAGGCUUUGAAAUAUCUUUAAAUAUACUAAAGCAUAAAGUCUUUUCCGAAAUGCAAAGGGGGACUGUAUUGGAACCAAACUCAAGGGCUGUAUACAGUUUUCCUAUAACAACCCGGACGAACGCUUGGUUUAUAGGUUUCAAUAUAAAUCAAGAAUUGUCAUUUCAUAUUAGGAUGAAAACCGGAGCACAACCUACGUCAGACAAUUUUGAGAAAGAAGUUGUUCUUGGAGCAUCUUCAAGAGUGAAACGAGAAGUACUUGAUAAGGCUGAUGUUACUAAUAAUACGUUAGUAGUAACAAGUAAUGGGGAACAAAGUGGAGGUAGCAUGUAUGUUACCAUAGAGGCAAAUGGUUGGAAUAAGACGAAUCUAAACUCAACUAUGUAUGACUUUGGCAUAUUGGCUAUAGAGCCUAUACAAUGGGACGCCAGAGAGAACACUUGGGUAGCCGCCACAUCUAAGGUUUCAAAUACAUCAACCAAGAAGAACAUAUUAUUCAGGAGUAAGUUCUUUGGUUCGUUCAGUGCAAAACUAUUCGUACCUCCGAAUACAAUAGAUUUUAUCUCAGUGUUCAGUGAUUUUGACACUAGAUUGGCCGAUAGUUAUACUGUUUUAGUGACUAUCAUCAUUCUUAUUGUCUUCUACAUUAUCCUGAUGAUUCUCGCAAGACGGUUGGACAAAAGGGAGAAUGAUUCAAGGCAAUAUAGACAGUUGGCAGACAACGACUCGAACGAUCAAUUCAAAUACACCAUACACGUAUUUACUGGGUCAAAAUACAAGGCUGGUACUGACGCCAAUUGUUUCUUUCAACUCUACGGUGAUAUGGCCGAUUCAGGGCCUAGAAAACUCACUGACGGAAAAGUGGCGGCUCUUCGUUCGGGUUGCCUUGACAAUUUUGUGUUUACAACUGACAGGCAGCUAGGAGACAUUCUCUACAUCAGAGUUUGGCAUGACAACAGUGGUAGAGAUAAUCAUUGGUAUCUUGAACGUAUUGUCAUCCAGUCGAUUUUUACUGAACAGUGCCAAGUCUUUGAAUGCAACAAAUGGCUGUCAUUGAAGAAAGGUGAUGGACAAAUUGAUCGUCUGCUAGCGGAAACCGGAAAUGAUAAUAGUUAUAGUGAAAAGCUGAACAAACAGGCACGAAAUGCAGUCAUGGAACGGCAUCUUGUGAUGUCACUACUGAGGAAACCAGGAAGUAGCCGCUUUACGAGGACACAAAGGUUAUCUGUCUGCAUGUGUAUGUUAUGCCUAAUGAUGAUAUCAAGCGCGAUGUGGUACAACACCGAAGAACAGAGUGGAACCCAUAUUCACUUGUUCAGUAUGGGACCGAUAGAUGUCAGCUGGCAUGAAUUCUACACUAGUUUCCUAACAAUCGCAACAGUUUACCCAAUCACUUUAUGCAUAUCAGAAUUGUUCAGAAGAACUAAACAAUCACACCGAUGCACAAUGUCUGAGCUGCUGUCGACACAACGCGAAGAUAUGAAACAUAAACCAAAGGCUCAGUUACCAAGAUGGGUUUUACUCCCUGCAUGGUGUUUAGUUGCCUGUUGCAUCGUUGCGCCGUGCUUUUUUACCUUUCUAUACAGUUUGGAAUGGGGUUCUGAGAAAUCCGGAAAAUGGUUAGGUUCAUUCGCCAUUUCCUUUCUGGAAGCAAUUGUUAUACUGGACCCUAUCGUGUUGUUGCUCAUAGCAAUCUUCAUGUCAUGCUUAUUCAAAUUUCCUAACGACAUGCACGACAUUGAGGCACCGACAUCAGAAGAACAAAUCACUCCUUCUGACCAACAUCGACAAAAUAUAGGAUUGAGGGCUCCUGACCCACCAACUGAAAAUGAUCUUAAAGAGAGACGGAGUGAAUACAAGAAAGAUGACAGAUUGGCUAAGGCUGUAAAAGAGAUCGCCACGUAUAUAUUUUACAUUAUGUUACUUUUGGUGAUCUGUGAUGAUAAUAGGACGAAUAAUGAAUUCUAUCAGAGUGAAUCAAUACGAGAACUAAUUAAGCUGUCGAGCAAAACAAAGAUUCAGAAACUAAGAAGAUUUGAUGAUAUCUGGCAAUGGUUGGAGAAUGAUGCUUUGUUAAAUCUGUAUCCACUGACGACUUACAAUGGGGACUACCUGACUGGCAUGAGUCUUGAUUCCCUUGGAUCAAUCAUCCACAUGGAUGGGGUGAGGCUCGGCCCUUCAAGACUAAGACAGAUCCGAACAAAACAAGGGGAAUGUCAGAUUCCAUUUGAAUCCAACAAAAUUGGUGUUGACCACUGCAAACCUGAUUAUACCCAAUAUACAGAGGACGUGCAAGAUUAUUCAACAUCCUGGCGAAAAAAGCACGAAGAGAACGAUGGUUUUGUCUCAACAAAGCGGCAGCGUCCUUUCUUAUACCAAACAAGUUCGGAAACGGAGAAUAUGAUCCACUUUGGUGAAUUAACUAACUAUGGGGGUGGAGGCUAUAUUGCAAACCUUGGAAUUUCACGACAGGAAGUGACGUCAUACUUGAGAAAAUUGAAAUAUGAUAACUGGUUGGACUCUAAAACAAGGGCAUUGUUCUUUGAGCUGACAUUAUACAAUGCUAAUACUAAUCUAUUUACUAAUGUGAAAGUGGUAUUCGAAAUACCUGCUACUGGAGGCUUCAUUCUCAGUGACGAAAUCAUAUCAUAUCGCCUUUACAACUAUGUCGGUCCAAAAUCGUUAAUAAUAGUAACCGCCCAAAUCAUAUGGUUGAUAGUGCUGAUCACAUUAACAAUAAAAACAGGAAAAGAAAUAUGGCGACAGAAUAAGAAAUAUUUCAUGGAAUUUUGGAACAUUAUAGAACUGCUGAAUAUAUCGUCUGCAUUUGCAGCUUGGGUUUCUUUCGGAUUUAAGUCAUUCUAUGCAGUCAAGGCAGUUGAAAAGUUGCGAAAUAACAAAGGUGAAUUUGUGAUGUUUGAAGAGGCGAAGAUUUGGAAUGAAACAUUUGUGUCCAUAUUAGCUAUCAAUGUUUUCAUCGGCAUUGUUAAAUUCGCAAAACUCCUGAAGUUCAACAGGCACAUCUCGAUAGUGUUUGCUACCCUUAGGAUAGCUAGAUCCAACAUAACGUCAUUUGUUAUCACAAUUCUGUUGAUAUACAUGGCAUUUGCCUCAGCGGCAACUGGCGUAUUUACCACUGAAAAAUCAUUUGCAAGUAUAAUCACGACAUUUGAGUCGUUGUUCACAAUGGGACUAGGCCACAGUAAAUUUAAUAGUCUCUUCACAGAGAGCACGCUCCUCAACAGACUGUUCUUCGCUGUUUUUACGACCUUCACGCUGUAUGUUGUAUUCAAUAUGCUUAUGGCUAUCAUCAUCGACGCCUUUAAUGAGGUUAGAGAAGAUGAAUCUUCGUAUAGCUAUGACAAAGAGCUUGUUGAACAUAUCAUGAAAAAGUUUGCAGUUUUCGUUAGAUCAUUUAUGACUUCGUACAAUCUUCAAAGGACUGAGCCUGAAUCCAAAGAGGAACCGACUAUACACAGUAAAGUGACAAAAGGUGAUAAAUCGUUGAUGGCAGCGGAAAAAUUCGAUGAUAACAAGGUCAUUGAAAAGGUUGAUGAUCUUAUGAACAGGUUAUAUUUAGUUAUGAAAACAGAGUACCAGUAACUGAAUGGAUUUUAAAAUAUUUGAAUGACGAAUGCAUCAGUAACUAUAGGGAUUUUAGUAUUUGAAGAAAACAUCAAUAACAAAAUGGAUUUUAUAUAUUUGAUAAUGAAGAGAGUACGAGUAACUGAAUGUAAUAGAUAAUCGGGUUGAGUAGAAGUUACAAGUAUGGAGAGAUGGUAUGACUUCUAUUUAUAUAUACGACAAGGUUAAGUUAUAGCCAAUAUGAAAGUCUUCUUGAUUUAGAUCACUUUAUUAGACUAUAGAUGUAUUGUAAAUGUUAUAAUUUAUUCAUUGCAUAUUUUACAAAUAAUCUUGUAUUGAGUGGUCCAUUGUGAUGUAAAGCAGAAUGCUACCUUCUCCGUCUACAAAGUUAACCAUGCAUUUCACCAUCAACAGGUCUGUAUCCAGGAUUUUCUGGGGGAAUACCAAUUAAAGGGGGUGUUGUAUGAAUAGAAAAUAGUAAUUCAAGCUCUUUUUAAAAUUUGAAAUAGAUUUUCCAAAACAAAGCGAAUUUGCUAUUGGAAAAUUGGGCUCAUUUCGGUCAAUUUCGACAGAAAGACCCCUUGAACCCCCAUCAUCCUCUUCCCCGGCUAAGGGCCUGUUCAAAGUAGAAUGUUAAAGUUGAGUCCAAGUUAUAUCAAAGUUGGAAUCUAAUGGUAGAUUGAGUAAAGUAAUGGUGACCUCCUGGAAGUACAAAGUAAAAUAUAAAAUUAGUAAUCAUUUUUUAACAAAUAACUCUCCUUUGUUAUCUUAACAUUUAUUCAAGAAUAUUCAUGUAUAUGCCAUUUGUGUAGCCUAUACACCUUGAUGGAAACCAUUAUCUAGUUGUACAUUUUUUCAAGUGAACAUAACCAAAUGCAUUAAUUCUGAUCAGUCUUUCUUAAUAUAAUGUAAUUUAACAUGUAAUGAUAAUGUACAUACUACUAACAUAACAAUGAUAAUGUGUGCAAUAAAAUUGAUAUUAAAUAGAAAAUAAAAAGUUUGAGUUGCACUUACGCCAUUGCCAGAUUGUGUCCAGGAAUCGUGUUUAAAGUUGUUAACUCUGAUUUCCGAAACUGUGGAAAGUCCAAGACCCAUUAUCCUUAUAGAAUCCAGUGUCAGUCCCGUAAUAUACCCUUGGUUAUUAACCGUACCCACUAAAAGACCAUCAUACUGUCC